AUGACCCUUUGAUAUACAGAACAUCUGUUCACAAAAACAAAACCAAACGAAACAGCGAAAAAGAUUUGCGAUUUGUUUAAAAAGCAAAAUUAAACAAGGUCUUCAAGUAAACCCACAUCGAUUUAGGGAUGUUCUGCUGCCUACGCACCUGUCUCAAUGGAGGACACAUAAGGAAACCAACAGCUGCCAGUCGCCUACGGGAGCCCGAUGUUCAUUUGGAUGCAGCGCAUAUGGGACCUGAUGUUAUCCUACUGUCUCACCAGCUUCGAGUAACUGGAACCGGAGGCGUUCUGGCCACAGCUCCUUUGGUCCAAUCGAAAUCUUACUUCGAGGUCAAGAUCCAGCAGGGAGGCAGUUGGUCCGUGGGUUUGGCAACCCGACAAACGGAUCUAAGUCGGAAGAGUGGAGGCGGAGAUCGUGAGUCCUGGUGCCUGUGCUCCGACAAUGCCACACGCCAUAAUGAUCAAGAGGUAAUCCGACCAGUGGUGCAGGCUGCUUGCACCACCCAACCAUCACGAACGCCCAAUGGAAUCCUCAACAAUAGUGCUGCCAAGGCAGCUGGACUUAUUGCCAUCGAAGAUCUGCAGCAGGAAGAUCUGUUAAUGACCACCGGAGUGGCACCGUCCGAUGUGGGUAUCAGUGAUUCGUUAAUAACAUCGCCACAACGAGAUUUUCCCGACGAGGGCGAUAUUGUAGGCGUGGCCUUUGACCAUGUUGAGCUAAACUUCUACUUCAAUGGAAAGAAUUUAGAGGUUCCCUUCCGAAAUGUGCGAGGCGCAGCAUUGUUUCCCGUGAUUUAUGUGGGCAAUGGCGCCAUCCUGGACAUUAUCUUGGAUAAUUUUUCAAAUAGUCCACCACCUGGAUUUGAGCGUAUACUUCUGGAGCAGUCUCUACUCUAGAUAACCUAUAACAAAGAGCCUUGAACAAACUAGCAGCUUCAGAACAAAACAUUGAAAAAGAUAUCUAAGAAUAGUGCAUUUUAGGACUAUAGAGCAGUUUUUAAAUCCAGAUAUCAAAGCUCUUUUGAGUAAGAACUACCUAUGAGAACCUAUGAGAACUUUGUCUUUAAAGACAAUUUAUUUAUAUGCAUUUUGAUUUCGAUCAUAAGGACAUAAAGUCAUUUCAAUUAUAGUCAAGUUUAAAAAGUUGAAAAUGUAUAAAAAAACAUUAUGGUCUUACUACACUUGCAGUAUUUCUGUCCCUAGUCAAAAAGAAAAACUUAUAAAAGGACUUUUUCUUGCAAAUAUUUCUAGAAAUGGCUUUCAAAGACGGUUAAUAAUACCCUCUUAUAGUCCUGAAAUGCACUAUUUUUGUCAUUUAGACAACAGGUGUAUAAACUUUGUAACCUCUCUAGUCCUUAUAAUCCCCAAAACCGAAAUGUAUUUGUUUUAUUCUAUUAAUAUUUUGUAAAUUAUUUACGUAGCUUGACCUCGCGACUGCUUUUGUAUUAUACACCGACAUACAUAUAUAUGUAUCUGAAUACCAGGUCCAUUUUUUUUGUAGGAACUAGAUCACACAAAAUCAAUUCGAACUUCUUACACAUUCCAAUUUACAACGGCAACGUACUCGAGCACGGAAUUACCUAAACUAAAUUUAAGAAUAUAUAUCUGUAUAUCUAAAUAAAUUAUAUCUACAUGUA